CGUUGCUUUGCGGGCAUCAACGGAGGCCGUGUGUGUGUGUGUGUGAGAGAGAGAGAGAGAGAGAGAGAUUGGAUGAGAUGCGCAUCGCCGAACGGAGAUGGCUAUGGCAGGAUCUUUGUCACAUUGUUUGGCGGAGGAGCGAGAGGAGUGGGAGGAGCGGGAGGAGCGGGAGGAGCAGGGGGAGCGGGAGGAGCGGGAGGAGGGAUGGUAAAAGGAGCGGACAGAGGAGUGGGAGGAGGAGCGGGAGAAGGUGCGGGAGAAGGAGCGGGAAGGGAGAUGCGAAGGGGCAGAGGAGCUGCGGGAGGAGGAGCUGGAGAAGGAGUGGGAGGGGAAACGGAGAGGGGGUUAACGAACGCACAGGACGCGGAGGAGGGGGGGAGAUAUAGGUGGAGGAGAAGCAGCAGGAGCACGAGGACGAGCGGGAGGAGUGGGAGGAGGAACGGGGAAAGAGCAGGGGAAGCAGCGGGAGAAGGAGAAGCAGCAGGAGGGAGAGCGGGAGGAGGAGAGGGAGGAGCAGCAGGAGAACGAGCGGGAGCGGGGCUAUGGCGGGAUGUUUGUCGCGUUGUUUGGCGGAGGAGCGGGAGGAGGGGGGGGAGGGGGAGGAGCCGAAGAAGGAGCGGGAGGAGGUGUGGGAGAAGGAGCGGGAGCGGGGCUAUGGUGCGGGAAGAGGAGCGGGCGGAGGGGGACGAGGAAUGGGGGGAAAAGCAGGAGAAGCAGUGGAAGAAGGACAAGCAGCAGGAGCGGGAGGAGCAGCAAGAGAGGGAGCGGAAGAAGGAGAGGGAGGAGGAGAGGGAGGAGGAGAGGGAGGAGGAACGGGAGAAAGAGCGGGAGCAGGGCUAUGGCAGGAUCUUUGUCACGUUGUUUGGCGGAGGAGUGGGAGGAGCGGGAGAAGGAGGGGGAGAAGGAGGGGGAGGGGAUUCGGGAUGGGUAGCGGGAAUAUCCCCUGCUGGGCGACGAGGACAGUAGGCAACACCCUUACCCCGUAUGGAUCCGAAAUUGCGAUCUAUAAACGAUGAAACCUUUCAUUCUGCACCAUGGACUGCGAGUUCAUAUGGAAGCGUGGACUGCUCCUCUCCGCAUAGCCUCUAAGGAUUGGAAUGAAAAGUGUGUGUGUGUGUGUGUGUGUGUGUCCCUUCAAUGCUUUUUUUGUGCACACACACUGAAAAAACAAAUAUCAGCAAGUCUG